AUGGCCCGCAUUCUGAUAACGGGUUCUACGGAUGGCUUUGGCCUUGAGGCUGCCCGUCAGCUGGUUCAGCGUAACCACACCGUCUACCUUCAUGCGCGUACCCAAGAGCGCGCAGAUGAGGUCAAAGCAAAAUGCCCUGGAGCUGCUGGCGUACUGGUUGCAGACUUGACAAGCGUGACAGAGACACGCAAACUUGCCGAGGAAGCAAAUGCGAUUGGUGUCUUCGACUCCGUCAUUCUUAAUGCCGGAUUGCUUUACGGCCCUUUCCGCAAGACACCUGAUACUGGCGUGCCAGCCUUGGUCUUCGUCAACGUCAUUGCACCCUAUAUCCUCUCUUGUCUCCUUAAACAACCUAAGCGUCUUACCUUUAUCGCUUCUGUCUUGCAUCGACAAGCCAACACCGACGUGAAGGAUAUCUUCUGGCUUGAGCGUGGGGAAAAGGAUUUCCAGGAUUUCCCAGCAUACUGCGACUCGAAGCUUCAUGUUAUGCUUCUUGCUAAUGCGGUGGCAAGGCGGUUUAAUGGCACUUCAGUCACGUCUGUGCAUCCUGGAUGGGUGGCUACCAAACUUGGAGGUCAAGGCGCUACCGACAAGCUAGAGGAUGGCGUGGAGACAUAUGUCAUGCUGGCUGAAGGCGAUUAUGAUCAAACUCUCACUGGUGUAUACUUUGAACCCAAAAGGAAGAUUGGUGAACCUCUUCCAGUGACAGCAGAUGAGAGUUUACAGGAGGUCGUCGUUAAAGCUUGUGAGGAUAUCACCGGUCUUAAGCUAGCAGCUUGA